CGCCCACGCUUGACGAUUCCGCCGCUCGCGACAACAGCCGAGCACACACCCAGGUGACUAGUGCGGCGGCAGCGUCUCCCUCGCCGGCUCGCCGCUCGCGGAUAUAUCAGUCUCCCCCAGCAAAACCAGCGCCAGCUUGCAACUUGCUUUAGCCACCACCACCAACCCGGCCCCGGUUCGCGCGUGCCGCGCCUAUCAGCAGCGCGCUAGCCAUGGCGAGGCCGCCGCGGCUGCUGCCUGCGCUGCUCCUCUUGCUGUGCCUGUGCGCGCUCCCCGCCCCCGCGCGGUCCCAGAACGCGACCGCGCCCGCGCCGGCGUCCGUCGAGGGGUUCAACUGCUCUGCGAGCCGGGCGUACCCGUGCCCGGCGUACGCGCUCUACCGCGCCGGCUUCGCGGGCGUGCCGCUCGACUUCGCGGCCAUCGGCGACCUCUUCAGCGUCAGCCGCUUCAUGGUCGCGCACGCCAACAACCUCUCCACCUCGAUCGCGCCGGCGAGCGGCCAGCCGCUGCUCGUGCCGCUCCAGUGCGGCUGCCCCUCCCGGUCGCGCAACGCCUACGCGCCGACGCAGUACCAGAUCAUCCAUGGGGACACUUACUGGAUCAUCUCCACCACCAAGCUGCAGAACCUCACGCAGUACCAGGCGGUGGAGCGCGUGAACCCGACGCUGGUGCCCACCAACCUCCCCGACGGCGUCAUGGUCACGUUCCCCGUCUUCUGCCAGUGCCCGGCCGCCGCCGACAACGCCACCGCGCUCGUCACCUACGUCAUGCAGCCGGGCGACACCUACGCGUCCGUCGCCGCCGCCUUCGCCGUCGACGCGCAGUCCCUCGUCUCACUCAACGGGCCCGAGUCGAGGGCGGGGCAGUUCGCGGAGAUACUAGUGCCGCUCCGCCGGCAGGUGUCUGAAAUUUUGCCCCCAAUCGUGCGCGUAAACAACGCCUCGGCGACGCCAGCUUCCCCCAACAUGACAGUCGUGAGCAAGGACCGGGACGGGGUGGUCACCGGGCUGGCCGUCGGGCUGGGCGUCGUCGGCGCGCUCUGGCUGCUGCAGAUGCUGCUGCUGGCCUGCUUGUGUAGACGGCUCAAGGCGAAGGGACGACGAGGGGACGCGGUGGUGAGCGGCGACGGCGUCGAGGGCGGCAGGUUCGCCAAGAGCUCGUCCGGCGGGGGCGGCGGCGCCGGCGCCGGAGAGAGGUUCCUGGUCAGCGACAUAUCGGAGUGGCUGGACAAGUACAGGGUGUUCAAGGUCGAGGAGCUGGAGCGCGGCACGGGGGGAUUCGACGACGCGCACCUCAUCAACGGCAGCGUGUACAAGGCCAACAUCGAUGGCGAGGUGUUCGCCGUGAAGAGGAUGAAGUGGGACGCCUGCGAGGAGCUCAAGAUCCUGCAGAAGGUGAACCACAGCAACCUGGUGAAGCUGGAGGGGUUCUGCAUCAACUCGGCGACGGGCGACUGCUUCCUGGUGUACGAGUACGUGGAGAACGGCUCGCUGGACCUGUGGCUGCUGGACCGCGACCGCGCGCGGCGCCUGGACUGGCGCGCGCGCCUCCACAUCGCGCUGGACCUCGCCCACGGCCUGCAGUACAUCCACGAGCACACCUGGCCCCGGGUGGUGCACAAGGACAUCAAGAGCAGCAACGUCCUCCUGGACGCCCGCAUGCGCGCCAAGAUCGCCAACUUCGGCCUCGCCAAGACGGGCCACAACGCCGUCACUACCCACAUCGUCGGCACGCAGGGGUACAUCGCGCCCGAGUACCUCGCCGACGGCCUCGUCACCACCAAGAUGGACGUGUUCGCCUACGGCGUGGUCCUGCUCGAGCUGGUGUCCGGGCGCGAGGCCGCGGACGAGACCGGCGAGCCGCUCUGGGCGGACGCCGAGGACAGGGUGUUCCGGGGCCGGGACGAGAGGCUGGAGGCCCGCGUGGCGGCGUGGAUGGACCCGGCGCUCGCGGGGCAGACGUGCCCACCGGGGAGCGUGGCGAGCGUGGUCAGCGUCGCGAGGGCGUGCCUGCACAAGGACCCCUCCAAGCGCCCCAGCAUGGUGGACGUCGCCUACACGCUGUCCAAGGCGGACGAGCACUUCGCCGACUACUCCGGCGAGAGCGUGUCCGUUGACGGCAGCGGCGAAAUCGCCGCCCGGUGAACAAACCAUCCUUGGUUUGGUAAGUGCAGAACUCUGUAGUAGUACUAGUUCUUAGCCAGUUCGCGUUGUAAAUGUUAAGGUCUAGCGAGCGGAUGAUAAGUGAGCGCGUCGAGUAAUAACGCCUUCAUUAAUGACGGCUGCGAGGUCCGUGAGAUCGAUCGGCUUGGGGUGUAAAAUCUUGUUAAAGCUGUGCUAUUACGCAGAUGAGGAUCAAUCCGUGAGUGGCAAAUGAAGUUUCAACUAGCAAUUUGUGGCU